UCAAUCAGGAAAAAGUUUCUGCAGAACAAGAAGUGAUCUUCUUCCUAGACACACACACAGAGCGAGAGCGAAGAGAGAUCGAGAUGGGUGGAAUGGUGCGGCUUCUUGCUGCUGUUGGGCUCGCGGCAUUGUGCUGCUUGGGCUGUAGAAUCUCCUCAUGCGAAGGCCAGCCAGACUACCGCGCCGCGCUGGCAAACUCGCUGCUCUACUUCGAGGGGCAGCGCUCCGGUAGGCUGCCGCCCGACCAGCGCGUCCGGUGGCGAGGUGACUCCGCUCUCGCCGACGGUAGCGACCACGGCGUGGAUCUGACCGGAGGGUACUACGACUCCGGCGACAACGUCAAGUUCGGCCUCCCCAUGGCGUUCACCGUGACAAUGCUGUCGUGGAGCGUCGUCCAGUACGAGAGGCCGCUGGCCACGGCGGGCGAGCUCCGGCACGCGUUGGCCGCCGUCCGAUGGGGCGCGGACUACCUGGCCAGGGCGCACGCGGGCGACGAGACCUUGUACGUGCAGGUCGGCGACGGCUACUCCGACCACUCCUGCUGGCAGCGCCCGGAGGACAUGGACACACCCCGGACGGUCUACAGCGUCAAUGCCUCCAGCCCAGGCUCCGACGUCGCGGCCGAGACGGCCGCCGCGCUGGCCGCCGCCGCCGUCGCGUUCCGGCGGCUCGACAGCCGCUACAGCGCGACGCUCCUCGCACACGCGGAGCAGCUGUUCCGUUUCGCCAAGAACCACCGUGGCCUGUACCAUAAGAGCGUGCCGGCGGUCGCAAGCUUCUAUCCUAGCGGUGGCGACGAGCUGCUCUGGGCUGCAGUCUGGCUCUACGUCGCCACCGGCGGUGAAGACUACAAGGCCUACAUCGCCGGCGCCGGCAACAGCGGCCAGGUGCAGUCAGAGUUCUCAUGGGACAACAAGUUCGUCGGCGCCCAGGCAUUGAUCCUUGUCCUUGAAGGGAAACUGGCCGACGCCGGCAACCCCGCCGUGCUGAAGAGCAACCUGGAGCAGUUCCUCUGCAACGUGUUGCAGCGCGGGGGCAGCGCCAAGCAGAGCCCCGGCGGCGUGCUCUGGUGGCAGCGGUGGAACAACCUGCAGUUCGUCACGUCGGCAGCGUUCAUCCUCGCCGCGCACUCCGACCACCUGGCUGCCGCGGGGGCCUCGCUCCAGUGCGGCGGGGUGAGUCUGCCGCCGUCGCAGCUCCUCACCUUCGCGCGGUCGCAGGUGGACUACAUCCUCGGGGCGAACCCUGGGAGGAUGAGCUACAUGGUCGGGUACGGGACGAGAUUCCCGGCGCAGGUGCACCACCGGGGCGCGUCGGUGCCGUCCAUCGAGUUCAGCCCCGGCAAGAUCACCUGCAAGGGCGGGCUCGACUACUUGAACAAGGACGCGCCCAACCCGAACGUGAUCAUGGGCGCCAUCGUCGGAGGUCCGGAUGAAAACGACCAGUACAACGAUGACCGGAAGAAUUAUCAGCAAGGAGAGCCAUCCACUGUCACCGUCGCGCCCAUCGUCGGAGUGCUUGCAAGGCUUUUGCAGGAGUGA